UAGCUUGUGACUUGUGAGUCAGAAUAUCGCUUAGUUGUGCGGAGUAAGGAAGUUUUCAAUUUGAGUGGAAAAUAAUUUUGGGAGAUACAACAAUGUCCAACGAGCAGAAUGAAUCAUUCAUUGUCUUGGGUUCUUCAAUGAGUUCUGCUGACCGGAACUACCCCACUUCUGAGGAUUUCGAAGGGUUAGAAACGUUAAAUCCAACCAACGAGGAAUGCGAAAUCCCCAUUAUGAGUCAUUCGUCUGCAAGCAAGGCAAAUCACGGAGAAACUGUGACGAACGAUCGGAGUGUAAGUAGUGCCAUAACUUUAUCGGUUCACUCUCCACGCAUGAUGCCAUCCUUAACGAAUGACGAAUGUAUUACCCGUAUGCAAAAAUUGGAAGUGGAAAACGAAAAUCUACGACAAAUUAUUCGCACUGCUAAAGAGAAACACAAUCAGGCCUGGAAUCGUAUUGCAGCACUCGAGAAGAAGCUUGAGUCCAUGGAACUACAGACCGAAAAUGAUAAUGCACAUAUUUCGGAAUUAAAGAAGGAUUUAUCAGAAAGGGUAUCUGUUUUGAAAAAUCAGGCCCACUGCAUCGAAAAAAUGGACCAGGAGAAGCAGAGUAACAUGUUGUUAAAGUCGACGAAUUCACAAUUACAAGAUAAGCUGAUUCAAAUUCAAGAUGAUCAUGUAAAGGAAAUUCAAUCGAAGAAUCUAGAAGUGGACAGGCUUAUGGAACAGGUGAAUUCGCUGCAGGACCAGUUGAACACAAGUAAACUUGCAUCCCAAAUGCACUCAAAGCCUGAUUGUAUUUCGUCGGAACUAAUUCAUUUUAUUCUGCAAUGUCCGUUGUGCGAAAAUCGAUAUAAAGAUUUGGACGUUCUCCAGAUCCACGUUGAAGAAUGCGUCCUAGCAUUUAUGUAGUUGGAGCCACACUGUACGAAUGUGUGAAUGAACAAUCUGCUGACAAUAAAAACUAUUUUGUGUUUUAAAAAUAAAAUUGUUUUGUGCAAAGCUUUUUGUACAAAAUAGAAAUUAAACACUUCCAAGUGAA